GAAUGAAGUGCUUCCACAGGGGCUGCUGGUGGAGAGAGGCUUGGAAAAUCUCACCUGAACUCUCCAGAAGAACCUGAGGAUGACAGGCCAGGUGCCAGAGAGAGACCGGUCGCCCCACAACCUGUCAGUGAGGACAACCUUGGAGGAAGAGAUCGAGAGGGCUGAAAGUAAACUUAGCAGGGUGCCAUCGGUCUGCGAUGACACGUCAUCAGAGCUACAGCGAGUCGCCGCUCUUGACCCUGACGGACGCAGCUCUGCGAAUUCUUUUCAGAGGAAUGGGGCCAUUUCAAGACUGGUGAAACUGGUGGUGAGGCUGAGGGAAUGGGCACACAGGAGCCUGGUGGAGGAGGAGGAGCGGCCAGACUCCUUCCUGGAACGCUUUCGCGGCCCUGAGCUGAGAGCGGCCCCCAGUCGCAACAGCAUCACCCAACCAGAUGCCAAUGGCAACAAUGCCAAAGGGAUCUUAAGGAAGAGGUGGGAAUUGUUCGUUGUCUCACCAUCUGAUGACGCCUACUACCGUUGGCUGUUUGUCAUUGCGAUUGCUGUCCUCUACAAUUGGUUCCUUGUGAUUGCAAGGGCAUGCUUUGACAAACUGCAGGUGAGCAUUUACAUCUGUUGGCUGGUGUUGGACUACAUCUCUGAUACUGUGUACAUACUGGACAGUUUUGUGCGUCUACGGACAGGUUUUCUGGAACAAGGCCUCCUGGUGAAGGACCACGCCAAGCUAAGAGACAGCUACAUCCGAACGUUGCAGUUCAAGCUGGACGUGGUGUCCAUCCUGCCCACCGAUCUAGUGUACAUUUACACUGGCAUCCACACUCCUCAGCUCCGAUUCAAUCGCUUGCUGCGCUUCCCUCGCAUGUUUGAAUUCUUUGACCGGACAGAAACACGCACCAACUACCCCAACAUCUUCCGGAUCUGCAACUUGGUGCUCUACAUCCUGGUCAUCAUUCACUGGAAUGCCUGCAUCUACUACGCCAUAUCCAAGUCCUUGGGGUUUGGUUCAGAUACGUGGGUCUUUCCAAACAUCUCCAAACCGGAAUACUCGUCCUUAACAAGAAGCUACGUCUACUGUUUGUACUGGUCAACCCUCACUCUUACCACCAUUGGAGAAAUGCCUGCACCCGUGCGAGAUGAGGAGUACUUGUUUGUGGUCUUCGACUUCCUUGUUGGAGUGCUGAUCUUUGCAACCAUCGUAGGAAAUGUAGGCUCCAUGAUAGCCAACAUGAACGCCACCCGGGCCGAGUUUCAGGCUCGAAUCGACGCCAUCAAACACUACAUGCACUUCCGCAAGGUCAGCAGAGAACUGGAGACGCGCGUCAUCAAGUGGUUCGACUAUCUGUGGACCAACCAAAAAGCUGUAGACGAGCAGGAGGUGCUGAAGAACCUACCCAACAAACUGCGCGCUGAGAUCGCCAUCAACGUACACCUUGAGACUCUAAAGAAAGUACGCAUUUUUCAAGAUUGUGAGGCCGGACUGCUCGUGGAGCUUGUGCUGAAACUACGUCCGCAGGUUUUUAGUCCCGGAGACUACAUCUGCAGGAAAGGAGAUAUUGGCAAGGAGAUGUAUAUCAUUAAAGAGGGGAAGCUGGCAGUAGUAGCUGACGAUGGGGUCACGCAGUACGCUCUCCUCACUGCUGGAAGCUGCUUUGGGGAGAUCAGCAUUUUGAACAUAAGGGGUAGUAAAAUGGGGAAUCGCCGCACAGCCAACAUCCGAAGCUUGGGAUACUCUGACCUCUUCUGCCUCUCCAAGGACGACCUAAUGGAGGCAGUGACCGAGUAUCCAGACGCUAAAACAGUGCUAGAGGAUAGGGGUAGGGAGAUUCUUAAGAAGGAAGGGCUUCUUGACGAGAAUGCGGAGAAGGGCGGGCUACAGAAGGAGGACACAGAUGAGAAGGUGGAGAGACUGGAGUCCUCUCUGGACACCCUACAGACUCGUUUUGCCCGUCUGCUGACUGAGUACACAGACACUCAGCAGCGGCUAAAGCAGCGAAUCACUCUGCUGGAGCGGCACCUGAACCAAACUGACUGCGGCGCAGAGGCAAACAAUGACAUGGAUGCCAGCAUACAAAUAGCAAGUGGAAGUACAAAUGGGUCACCGCAUAAAAACGAUGUUCAGACUCAGGACAGAAACAGCAAAACAUUACAACACUGACACUUUCAACAUCAAACUUCAACCAUUCAUUCACCCACUUACUGAAUGAAUCACAGAGGAUGGAGCCUGUCUCCAGGGGUCAAUGGCUUGAGGGUGGAGUACAUCCUGGACAGGUCACCAGUCCAUCACAGGGCAGCAUAGAGACACACCGGGUAAAUAGACAUGCAUGUACACACAGCUGGAUAAUUUAAAGUGGCCAAUUAAGCUAAAAUGCAUGUUCCUGCUCUGCUGGAGGCAGACAUCUUCACACAUUAUUGCCCCUCUAUUGUUUUCCUGCAGUUUAUAAGUUAAAUAUCUGCAUUUUAAUCAACAUGAAAACAAAAUACACAUAUACCAGAACCCAGCUAACUUGGAGUUGUCGUAUAAAUGAACGGCCAAGAGCUGAAUGUAUGUGCAAAGGCCGACUUCAAGUUUCUGACCCAAGUUCUGAUCAAGUUUCAAGCUAAAUAAAUCUUUCAGAGUAUAUAAACAACAAGUACAAGAUACUCUGGGAUUUUUCUAUAUCUUUCUUUGGAUCACCUGUGAGUGUCAUGUUUGUUUGCAUCAACAGAGACAUUCAGUUCCCUCUACAUGUCAUCUAUUAUGCUUUGGUACUCUUCAAAUGAACUCUCGCUGCUGCUCCAGGGAACCAAAGGUCUCAGGAGAUAAUGCGUGGGGAUUAGUUGUCACACACACAAACAAUUAGUUUCCAGUGCCCCCCUUUCUAAGGUACUAUAUAGAGGUACUUUUUCAUAUUUACAAUUACAAUCACAAAAUGCCCUUUUAAAAGAAGUUUACACCACAGACCAACACAAAGGGAAGGAAAUUCUUUACAAUGACGAUCUGAAAAGUGUAUUUUUAUUCACACCCCUUUACCCUGGUACCCCAAAAUAAGUACUAGUCACUUUAGAAGGUACCCAAAUAGUAAAUAAAAUCCAUGUGUAUAAACUUACCCUUUCAACUGUGAAACAGGGUGGGGGAAGCGUUAUGCUGUUGAAAUACUAAUCUUUAACAGAGAUUAGGAGAUUGAUCAGAGUUGGGGUUAAAUAUUGAUAAUACAUUUUUUUUUAUUUCUUGCAAAUUUACAAAGUUAGUCUAUCGCAUAAAACCCCAAUAAAAUACACUGAUGU